UAAUCAGCUGACAAUCAUAACACGGUAGCUGAAAACAAAAAUAAACAAAAGGGGGAAAGAUGGAGCCGAGGAUGGAAAAUAGGGUAGAUGUUCUCUCCCCGCUGGAGGAGUCCAGUGCCGAGGUGAGUCGGGACAGUGGCAUCGUGUCGCAGAGUGUGAGCAGUUUAUCCAUGUUGAGCGAGGCCCUAAGCAAUGGUACCGUGUCGCAAAGCCCCAGCUUCGACGCAGCAGUCUUGCGGAGUCCGAGCUUCAACUCCGAGGUACCCGACACGGACCAAGACCACAACGAGGAGGAUGAUAUCCUGAGACACACUACCCUAAGUUACUCCUCUUACAUCAGAGAUACUGCUGGAGACGAGAUCCUGGGUUUGGAGAAAAGUCUGGAGGAAAUGCUUACUAGGGUGGAUGAAUUUGUUGGAAUGCUUGACAUGAUCCGCAACGACACAUCACAGAUUGUCAACGAGAACCUACCUCAAAUACAUAGAAAAUCAGAAGAGAUGAGACAAAUAUACAGAAAGAUUGACAAGUUGGAUGUGUUUGUGAAGAUGGUGGGUGCCAAUGUGAAUGUCAUGGAGGAGCAUGUCACACAGGCAGAGAAGGAACAAGGAACCCUGCCGGGCGCCUUCAGAAAGAUCUUCCGUACCAUUAGUGUCCCGAGCUUUCUAAAUAAACCAGCCAGCCCCAGUAGGCAGCAGCAUCAGGAGCUUCCCCCAGUAUUGAGAACAGAUGAUUAUUUCAUCCCACACCCAGGACACUGAAAGCUUGUCUCAAAUAGCACCCUAUUCCUUACAUAUUGUAUUACCCAUUGUUUUCUGGUCAACAAUAGUGCACUAUAUAGGGAAUAGGGUGCCAUUUUAGGAGGCUGCUUGAAACAGAUGCCUGCAGCUCCCACACAUCGCACAUGCAAUGGUCUGCCUGACUCUUCUAGGUCAGGUGACCUCAGUCUGCAUGGCUGUCUUAACUGGACUUAACUAAGCCAUAGGCUCUGGACCUGACUAUAGACAAUAAUACUAGUGUCCUCGGGACUGGAGGAUCUGACAGUACAACAGUUUCAACAAGCAAUAUAGUGUUGGCUCUCUCACUAUCAAGUAGCUGUGAAGACGCUGAAGAAAUCAGACGAUGCGGACACCUGAAAAAGGAAAAUUGUGUUAUUGAUCUGAAGACUUCUUUAAGAUUCUGUUUUUCAAGUGCCUCAGUGUUUCCCUUUAUUUUAUUGCGUGUUCACCUGUUGAAUUAAAUUGCUAUAAGGAAAAUGUUAUUAAUCAUCACACUUGUACUCUCACCAAUCGUAUGAUUUGAAGUUCAAGCUUGAGUAAACCUUAACAUGAUGUUUUAUAAUGCUAUUGUUUCCUGUUUGUAUGGCCUAAUACUGGAGAGGAAUUGGCACUUAGUAAUUCUCAACACACUGCACCAAGCAACAUUUAUUUGUUGAACAUAUUUUGUCAUAGUUGUAUAUUAUUUGAUACUUUUGUAACUAAUGAUCAUCAUACUAAAUAAUUAUCAACAAAGUGGUUUCUUUCUUAUUGACUUUAUCAGUAAACCAUCUGGAAAGCUGUUACUGAGUUUCACACCACCACAGAUAUCAAAAUAUAUCAGAGGAAUACACAGCUAGCUGCUACAUAAAGCACUUGUUGAAAACUAAACUAUUUUAUGACACUUUCUCUUGGCUACAAAGAGCUCAUGUGUAAAAUAACUAAUAACUAAAUAAAAAUGUGUUCUUUACUAACUUGCCUAGUUAAAUAAAGGCUAAAUUAAAAACAUCUGAUUCUCAAUGCUAUAUAAAAGUAUACAUUGUCAUAUCCAUUAAUUCACAGUUGUCCGUGUAGGAAUUUGUUCUUAACUGAC